CGACCGCUCCCGCCGUGCCGGCUCGCCGCGCCCGCCUUGGGAAGGCCCGCCGCUCUCCGCCGGCGUUCGCCAGCCGGAAGCUCCCGCCUCCCCGGGCGAGGGCCGCUCGGCAGCUGCAGGUGAGGCUGCCUGGGCGGGGCGGUACAGGUGCCGAGGGUGGCCGGGCGGAAAGCGGGGCUGGGGGCGGAGCGCAGGGUGGUCCCCGGCCCGGGCCCCCCACGCACUCUCCGGUGGGAUCGUCCCUUUUCUUCCGCCCGACGCCGGCCCCCCUUUGGACUUGGCGGCAGCUUUCUCCCGUCGAGUGAACGAAAGGCGGCUGAGCGGGUCCGGGGACCGCCUGACGCCGGGCCGAGCGCCAGCCAUGUCGAGGAGCGCCGGCUCGGAGGGCGGGCGGCCCGGCAGGUCCCUGCUGCCCCGUGGGCCCAGCCCGGGCUCCCCGCUUCCCCGGGACGCGGAGCCGGUGGCCGCUGCCGCCUCCUUGCCGCCGCCUCCGCUCCCCCUGCAGCCCCCCUUCGGCCCCGACGCCUACCCCGGGGAGGCCAGCCCCGGCCCGAGGGGGCCGGCCGAGCUCAAGCCGGUCCGGCGUUUCAUUCCGGACUCGUGGAAGAACUUCUUCAAAGGGAGACGCAACAACGGCUCCAGCUGGGACAGCACGGCCUCCGACAUCAGGUACGUCUCGGACGGGGUCGAAUGCUCGCCGCCGCCCUCCCCGCCCCCUCUGCGGUCGGAGCCCAAGUCCCUGCCCGGCUCCUACAAGGAUCCUUACGGAGGAUCGGGCGGGACCUACGACUCGCGGAAAGAGGGCGAAGCCAUGUUGCCCGGGGACCCCUUCGGGUCGCUGGAGCACCACGCUACCACCGGCCAGACAUACAGCGAGCGGGUGGAGGCCUAUAACCAGCGAUACGCCUACAUGAAGUCCUGGGCUGGCCUGCUCAGGAUCCUCUGCGUGGCGGAGCUGCUGCUGGGUGCCGCCGUCUUCGCCUGCGUCACAGCCUACGUGCACAAGGAUAACGAGUGGUACAACAUGUUUGGGUACUCGCAGCCCUAUGGCUAUGGGCCUGGCAGCGCCUACGGAGGCUACUCCUACAGCGGACCCAAAACGCCUUUCAUCCUGGUGGUGGCGGGAAUGGCAUGGAUAGUCACGAUAGUGCUGCUGGUCCUGGGCAUGUCAAUGUACUACCGGACUAUCCUCCUCGAUUCCAACUGGUGGCCUCUGACCGAAUUCGGAAUUAACGUGGCCUUGUUCUUUCUGUACAUGUCAGCUGCCAUAGUGUACGUGAACGAUACCAACCGAGGUGGGCUCUGCUAUUACCAGUUGUUUAAGACGCCAAUAAAUGCAUCUUUUUGCCGCGUAGAGGGAGGUCAGACAGCGGCAAUCAUCUUCUUGUUUGUCACGGUGAUCAUCUAUCUCAUUAGUGCAGUGGUUUCUCUAAAGUUAUGGAGGCAUGAAGGAGCUAGGAGGCACAGGGAAUUGAUGGAACGGGAGAUGAAAACACAGUCCUCUUUUCCAGAAAAGAAGUAUGAAAGUGAUGACAGACCAAGAGAAGAGGUUACUUACAGGCAGCUUAAAUCAGUGGAAAGAAAACCGGAACUACUUAAUGGUCAUAUACCUGCAGGCCACAUUCCUAAACCUAUAGUGAUGCCAGACUACAUAGCGAAAUACCCAGCAAUCCAAACAAAUGAAAUGCGAGACCGGUACAAAGCAGUAUUCAAUGAUCAGUUUGCUGAAUAUAAAGAACUGUCUGUGGAAGUUCAUGCUGUAUUAAAAAAAUUUGAUGAGCUGGAUGCAUUGAUGAGACAGCUUCCUCACCAUGCUGAAAGCAUAUAUGAACAGGAAAGGAUAUCAAAAGUUCUGCAAGAAUACAAGAAGAAGAAAAACGAUCCUGCAUUCAUGGAGAAAAAGGAGCGUUGUGAAUACCUGAAGAAUAAGCUUUCUCACAUAAAACAACGAAUUCAGGACUAUGAUAAAGUUAUGAAUUGGAAUGUAGAAACUUAGCUAUACCUUCACUUUGUGGAUACUAUUUUCUAUUUUUUAAAUCAAUAUGUGUAUUUUAAACUAUUUAUUUACUGUCACAACAGCACACCAAUGGGGAUUACUUAAUCACUUUGUCAUGUAUUUAGCUGUUGUACAUUACUGGUAGGUUUUGUAUGCAAAUCUAAUUUUAAAUCGAUGUAAUGAAGUUCUCAGAUAAGUUUAGAAAACCUGUGCUAACAUUCUGCUUUUAUUAGACAGUACACACCCUGGUCUCUUAAAUGUGAACACUUUAGUGGAAAAUACUGUAUCUGCAAACUUGCAAAGCCCACCAGAGAAAGCAGUUUUAAGUACCAUGUCAAAAGUUUGCACAGAAAUGCCAUUAACAAUUUCAGAUUUAUUUAGAGGCGACAUCUUAAUGAUAUCAGAAAGAGCUGAGCUGUGCUCUCUGGCCGGGGUUUGGUGGAGUGCUUAAGCAUACUGAAUAAUUUUGGCAAGUAAAAAAUAAAUUUAAUAAGACUUUUUUAUUGUAUUUCCAAAUGCUCUGCUGUAUGUCAGAAAUUAUCUGGAAUUACACCCAACAAGAGAUGCAAAAUAACUUGCUAUUUAAGCAACCAUAUCAUACUGGGGAGGAGGGCAGGUUGUGUUGGGGUUUUGUUGUUUUGAUUUUGGUUUCUUUUCUUUUUUUUUUUUUUAACUCCCCUCUUUAAAGGCAAUGCAACAAAUUUAUACAAGGCCUUAAAGGAAUAGAGGCACAAGAUGAGACUCCUGUUAGUGUUCCUUUAGUGUUGCUAUAGGCCAGUAUGCUCUGCAUACCUUUUUUGGGUCAUCUUAGUAGGAAUCCAUCCGUUUAAAGGCAAAACGCUUCAUUCUUCAACAGCAAGUAGCAGUACUUUUUGUUUAGGCAGCAGCUGUUUUUGAACUUGGCAUUCAGAGAGAAAGUACAGCAAAAUUAAUUCUCACUGAAUGUAUAAAUUAUGAGUAUCUCUUAAAAGACAGGUAAAAUGCUUUAAUAGACAUGCUUUCCACAGUAUAAAUGCAUAAAUUCAAUAUACAUUUUUAUAUUUUUAUCUUGGGGAUAGGUUUGUAUGUGCAAACAUUUUCAUAAGCCAGUAAAUUUUCUUUGUAUCCUUUUCCACAUCUUUGUUUACUUUUUUACUUACUAAAAUUGUUAGAAGCAUUGGUAGUUUCUUUGUACAGUUUUCUACAAUUGCAUUUUGUCUGUUCUGAAAUACAUUUUAAUUUGAAAACACCCCACCAGUGUAGACAUGUUAUUCUAUUGCUUAUAAAGGCAUUUUUGUUAGAAAAAGGUGCUCUGAUUGUUUCAAAUUUUUCUUAGCAAUCAUUUUUUCUUUAAAAGAGAGUUUUCAACUUUUGCCUUAAUUUAAAGGCCAAGAUAUCAGGAAAGCCGUUUGCAGUUUAAAACAGUGAUGGUAGUACUAUCUCUGUUCUUCAGUAUUGGAAAUGCAUUAAUAUACCAUGGUCUGGCAGUUAUAUCCCUUCUGCUUUUUGAGCCUUUAUCAUUCACACUGCAAUCUUAAUGGCUACAAACCCACCUUCAUAUUUACAAAGUUCACAUUCCAAUUUUAUCAGCCACUUAAUGCCAAGAGUUUUAGUAGAUGAAGUAAAAAACACAAGGCACCAUGGGAACACUGAGAGAAUUUGAAGACUUGGCACCUCUUCAUUUGAAAGCCUUCAGUCUCAUCUACCUGGAAGGUGUCUCAGUAUUUUCAUCAGUCUGAAAUCAGAUGACAGUGCUAUCCCCUGCUUUCUCUCUCUUUUCAGGUGCCCUCUGGUUCAGUUUUCUAUUCUCUUCAAAGAGGAGGAAACCUCUCUACCUUAUAAAAGAGUUGGGCCAAGUGUUUUAUACCUAUUGUGCUCUAUGCUUGUUAAACUUUCCUUUGUAAGAGAGGUCCUUGUCCAAAUCCCUGCAGCCUAAAUGACCUCUCAUUGUACACUUAGGUUUCUCAUUUUUUCUCAGUGGGAGUUCUAGGCAUUGUGUCAGUGCCAGGAGAAGAUUAAUCCAAGUUUAAGGAUCAACUGAUAUUUAUAAAGUGCUAAAAAGAAGCUGACUCUGAUGUUUUCUUUGGAAGAUCCACAGUCUGCACCCUUGAUAAGCCUUCCUUCCAUAGGACGCUGAGACCCAGCUCCAGGCUCCCUUUGACAGUGGUCUGAGUUUCAGCAUCUGAAAAACUGGCUCCUGGCCCCUCAGACAGUGCCUGUGUAGCCUCUGCAGAACCAUCCUGCUUCUCCUUUCCUGCAAAGUUUCCAACAAAUGGUUGGAGAAGGGGAACACCAUGCCUGUGGCUGGAACAAGGAAAUACACCAAGCAAUGUGUGUGGAUUGCUCCAUCUUUCCCAGCAAAGUGCCACAGGUGUGGCUGAGGGAAUUUUCCAAAAGCUAGAGAGAGAAGAUAGGUAGGAAUACUCCCUUCUGCCAGCCUUUUGAGGUUGAAAUGGGAUUAGUGCAGUGCAUGGCAGUGAAGUAUGCUGAGCAUGGAGCUCCAGGAGAAGGCAUUUACCUUCACAGCUUAGGAAGUCGAGCAAGGCAACACAUUGCAACCAUCACAGUAAAUUACUUGCUCAGUCCUGGAUCUCUCACAGACCUCAACGCUGCUAAUCAGGCACUCGCUUCCAGUGCAUACAAUUGGUGAGCUGGGUUUGCUCUAAUCCAUCAAUGGAGGACUGAAAAGGGACUUGUCAGCAGUGCUCUGAAUGUGCCAAAGCAAAAAAAUAUUAGUAUAAGAAACAUUUCUAUGUCUCAGACAAAUUCAGAUUAAUGAAAUAAGAAUUAAUGGCUGGAAGUUCAAGCCAGUCAAAUGCACGACAGAAAUUAGGAGAAAAUUGAGUAAUAAUUAGUUACAAUCAGAACUAUGAGGGAAAGUUGUCUCUCGAUAUCUUUAAAGAAGGUAUGUUUCAGACAAAACUAAAGUUAUUAUAUGAUUAUCACCUAGGUCUCUCUAUGCAGUCUCUCUCCUCUGUGAAUCUAUGUUGUUGCAUGUACAUGUAAACAGUCUGCUAUGUGGUCUCCCUGGUGUGACUGGGGUUUUGCUGCAGGUAGUAAACGUUUGAAACUUAUCAAGUAAUAAUGCCCUAAUAAUGCCUCAAUGGGCACACAGCAUCCACUUUCAAUUACAGCCAGUCCCAGGAACACUGAGUGUAACAAGAACUUACCCUUGUCUUCCUCUUAGAAAAUGCCCACCUGGCUUCACAGAUCAACAAAGGCAAACAUGCAAGAGACGUACAGUUUCCAGGAAUAUAAUGGUUUUCAAACUGGACUUGAAUAAAUCAGUAAAAGGGCUUUUUUUUUUUUUUGGUCUUGAUAAAUGGCUAGAUAUCCUUGCUGAAGAUAACUGUGACAAAAUCUGCAUACUCUUUACUAAUCUGUACAUUUUUGCAGGGCAGAUAAAGCAGCGCCUAACGCAUAUAACAAAAACGUUGUAUCACAUAGUAGGGUGCACUAGCUUUUGUGACAACUUAUCAACUAAAAAUACUCAUGACAAUGAAAAAACUAAUUGAUUUGAAAUCGUCGAAUAAACUAUCCAGUAUUUAGUUUAUUAAUCUCAAAAUUGUGGUGCGAUUUGAAGCAUUUGGACAAUCAUAAUCUACAAAAUGAUUGUAUAUCCUGUGUUCCUGUCCAGCACUGAAAUUCUUGGCCUUGACAAUAAAGAAUAUCCC